UUGGUAAAAUUAACUCAUUCUUAAUUCAGAUUGCUAAAAUACAUUUGCCUUUCAGUUGCUUUUCAGAAGUAUUUUAAUGGCAAUAUUUUGCUAACGAGCUAGUGAAAAUUAGGAAUUUAGAAUAUAUACUUAAUAUUUUUACAGAUGAUUAUGCAUAAUGGGCAUUUUAGCCCUUUUCACUUUUCUUUUGUCACUAGUAAUCAUUAGCAAUCAUGCCCACUUUUGGACUUCUCUAUCUACAGUUGUAACUGUGACUUACAUGUAAGCCAGUAACACAGGCAGGAGACAGCAGAUGCUCUGCAAACUCGCCUGGGAGUAAAAGGCUGAUUUGAUUAAUGAAGCCAAAAAUUUUGAAUGUGAGACCUUGGUCUGAGGCACCAAGAAACUUGCAGUUAAACUCUGUUCUACUUUACAAGACUGAGUCUCACAGUUUACUAGGACUGAUGUCCUGGAAAUGGAACAAAUGAUAAGACUUACUCACAGACAUACAUAAGUAGCUGUAGAAAUUAAUGUUCUCUUCCCUUCAAGCUCAGAAGUAAGAAGUCUGCUUAGCUCUACUUUUGUUGUUUCAGAAAUAAGGUUGACGAACAGGAACAGGAUGGCAUCCAUGCUCCAAAAUGUCAAGGCAACAAUGGGCUUGCAGAGACACCAGCUUUUAGCUGACUUUGAUGAGAAUGAGAGCCCUGUACCAGACAAAUUCAAGAGAAAAGCUUCUUUGAGUUCUCUUAAUACUAUCUGCAUGUCUCUAAGAAAGCGAAUACCAUUAAAGCAAGUAGAGCUGAAUUUCCAUGAGACUCCACUUUGGGAAAAUAUGGAAGCAAGAAAGAAGAGCCAAGUGCUCCAAAGUAUUACAAAAACAGCAAGAAAUGCUUUUGGAACAGUGUCACAGAAAAUACAGAAGACUUGCCAAAGCCCAGUGCACUCAACUGCGACCUUUCCAGCUGAAGACAUUGGCAGCAGCUCUGCAACCAGUUUUUCCAAGAAAAGAAGAACUGUACAAACACUGUGCCCUAGUAUGAACAGUGUUACUCCAGCAGCUGGUUCCAAAUGCACUCCAAGGUCCAGCAAAAGAUCCUUGCUUAGGCCAGCAAGGGCGUCAGAGCAUACAGAAUUGAGGGGUUUCCCAUCCUGGCACGGUGAAGAUGCUGUCCCACUCUCAAGAUCAAGGAGAGCAUCAGCAGCACUGAAAAGCCCCUAUUCAUCACCUACUCCCGCCAGCAGAAGAACAGAGAUUGGCCGUGAGUUGGAACUGGUCACUUCAGGGAUUCGCCAACUGAAGCAUCUCUUCUCAGCACCUGAUGAUGGUAUUGUGCAAGGGGAGAGGCAGCAUGCAAUAUCAAACUACUACUAUUCUAAUGGAACAAAAUUUGCAGUCUGUGCAUCAAUCCUGGGAACUUCCUCAGGCUGUCAGAAGGCAAGGGAAGAAACUCCAUUGAACAGUUGGUGCCUGGACGUAGAUGGCUAUAAAUAAUGUUAGUUUAUGAGCAUAUGUAAAGGAAAACUUCACUUAGGAUAUGAGACUGUAUAUUAUACUCUGCACAUAACUGUGCUUUAAAAAACAAUUACGUUUUAUAAUCUUUCUUGACAGAGCAGCCUAAAACUACUCUUCCAUUGCUUUUGCUGUUCAAGUCAACUAGAGAAAUAAAUUUGUACCACAAUGUUCUAUCUGCUGCUGUGACAAUGGACCAUCUUCAGUGUGACUUUCACAAGGCAUUAAGUACUUUGAAACGUUCAGCUGACCAGUAGGAAUGGUCAGAGCAAGGGCAGAGAUUUAUGAAUGAUGAUUACAGACAAGAGUAGUAUUCAGAUCCUCCUUUAUGUUAUAAAAGCACUGAUCUGUUAUUUUCAAAGCUUAACAACUUAUUUUUUAAGACUAACAAACCAAAAGCUAACUUUCAGUUAAACACGAUGCUUAAAGACACAAUAAUUGCUAUUUGAGUUCUGACUACAACUGCCAUUCAGGUUUCUGUAGUCAUUCUGAAGUCACAACAGUGGAACCAGAUUAGACUUUAACAGCAAUCCUUGGGCUGUGAGUUAAGUUAGCCCAAGUAGUUCUAUCUUAAAUUGUUGGGUUCCAGACCAAUCACAGCAACUUCAUUUUUUGCUGCUAUUUUAAAUAGCAUCACGGCAGCGGAGUUGAACAUUGCUUAUCACAGUUAAUACACAUAAGUUGCUCUGAAAGUAAUGCCUUCUAUUUAUUUCCACAUAAGCUACAACAGAUACAAAGAGCACAAUAACACUAGCUGACUGAGCAAAUUCUCAGCUACAAAGUGCUAUUUCUCCAUGUAGUCACCAGCAUUAACUGUGCAUUUUUGCCAGUGAUGAACAAGAACCUGCAUGCAGUGCUUGUACCAGUCCACACCAGUAGAGGUAACCCACUGCUAUGGUCACCACUGCUAAAACACCCCCCCCACUCCUCAUUGUGCUCACGUCUACUGGUUGGUCUCCAUAAAUAUUCAGCAAGUGUUGAUGAAUGUCACUGGGUGCCAUUUUUUCCAACACAGAGGAACUGAGUUCCACACUUUUACUUCAUACAGAUGCUAUUUUGUCAGACUGCCCCUCUGCUGCCCUCUGUCACGUGGCAACAAAAUGUAACAGAAUAAUUGCUAUAAAUCACUAAGAAGAUUCAACCUCUACUGCCAUACUACCACCCUAUGUCUCUGAUGUUGCAGGCCGACAUCACAUAAUAGAAGGCAUUAGUUUUGGAGCAGCCCUCUUAUCGUAACUACCAUUAUUUGCUAAUGUAAUACAAGUAUUCUGUUCGAUGAAGCAUACUAGGCACUUGACACAUGUAUUUUACUUUUUUUUUUUUUAAGUAGCAUUUGUUUAACAAGCCUUUUUUGAUGGGUGAUUCAUAACAGAGUUUUGACUUUCAAACUAAAGCAAAGAUUUCUUAAGCUUCUAGAAUUCAACAGCUGUUUCUACAGUAGCAGUUUUGUGCAGGUUUUGGAAUUUACUUUCUAUUCUAAGAUGAACCUUCAAACAAAGGACUGACUCAGAAAACUUCUGUACAAUGUCUUUUAAGAUGCACGUGUAAUUUGGUAAAACUGGAACAGAUAAAAUCUUAAUGACAUUAAGCAUAAAUGUAGGAAACAGUAAUGUUUGAUUCUGAUUUAAGUACUAAUUUUUAAAAUUGUUCCUGAGUUCCUUUUAUCUUGUUAAACAAAAUUAAUUAAAUACUGAAAUAAUUAGGGAGCUUGGGAAACAGGAAGACAACCCAGCCUUCAGAUGACUAGUGAGAUCUUUAGCUUGUUUUUUUUCUUUAAACAAACUAAACCAACUAAACAAAAAACCCACUGCCUUUGUAUGUGGAACAGUAGUUUAAGUUAUUAUUUGUAUGUACUGAGACUACUUCUAUAAAAUUUUUACAAGGAUUCUGUCUCAUUACUGAAGUAUCUUCUCAUACUACUUUUGAAAAAUGUGGAGGUUGGAGUUCACAGGUUGACUUCUAUUCACAAAUCGAAGUUUUAUUUCAGACGGUCACUCAUAUUAAACAGCUUGUAUAUUGUUUCUACCUGUUACUAGGACAUGCAAACGAUGAUCUAAGACUUCCGGUACCAUUGAUAAGAAGAGUCUGGAACACUGCUUGCUUAAAGGCAAGGAAGGUUUUAUUUAAGUGAUUAAUAUAAGAUUUUAAAAACCAGCGCACAUCAAAAUCUA